UUUGCACUUUCGGCAACGGCGAACCCUAUUUACGCGACAGUCUUGAACUGUGGGAUCAGAGCUUCCGCUGCGCAAUCAGGUCUCAAUAGUGUACAUGCCAAGGGCCAGUAGGCAGAAAACUCUCAAUUCCCUGAAUGAUAUCUCACUCUCCAAGCUACACCGAAUCCUCCGCCCACUUAGAGCCAAAUCUCUCGCGCUUGCUAGGGUUUUAGAGCAGCCCUCAGCUCGGAAUCAUAUCGCACUUUUGAAGCAUGGCGGUUCCCAUAGACAGGCAGGCUAUACAUCUUCCCCAACGGCGAACUCUUCCGCCUCUGCGUCUGAGAGCGACGAUGAUAGUGCGGAUUACAGGUACGGUGAGAGUCACUCUCAGACUCGUCUAGUCAAGCAUUCGGACGGGUCUCGGCAUCCCCUCUGGUGGGGGCACAGUGUCUCGGAUAAAGAGACAGCUGUAAUCGAAGCGUUCCGCACCAUUUUAUUCGUGGUUCGUCCAGUUCCAAGACAGCUUUCCCUUCCCCGAUCGCACCCUCGGUCUUUCAGACACCUGCGAUCUCUGGCUGAGCAGUGCGCCUGCGUGCUCGGUACUAAUAUUGAAUCAUCUGUCGCGGACGCAUUCACUAAAGAUAACUGUAUUCACAUCCCAAGUUUUGGUGUCUUCGACGUUGAGGGCCAAAGUAUAUCUUCCUUUCUUAGCGAUGAGGUUGAAGGAGACGAGUCCGCUGUUCUUGUCGAUCUGUGCUAUGAAAAUAUCCCUCAGCACUUGCGCUCGCCCGCGGUCAUUCCCCAUGCCAUCCAGAUGGUCGGCCAACUUAUGCCACUCUCCUUUUCCAAGGUGUUCAACGAAAUAAUCCAAAUUUGUGCACAACAUUCUUUGCGUGAUGAGGCCCGACAAGCAUUAGAACAUGUCGUUAAGAGAGUACUCUAUGCGAGCGCUAGCUGGAAUCAACAUCUUCUAGAGAGUGGCGACGACAAGGACGCGCUAAUCAAACUCAUGGAAAAUGGGCGGCACGAUGAAAUUGGUUCAUCUAGUUGUGUGUCAUUGUGGACAGAAGCAGAGUUUGUUCGGAUCAUACAAAAAACUGUUUACGACCAUGAUUCGAUUCCUUCUCCGGAUCCAUCCCCUUCAACCUCAUGGAAGUGUGUGCCCUGGCUGGCUCGUGGAUUUUAUCGUCUCUUCCACACCUUGACUUCCCCAGCCGCCAAGCAGCUGCUCUGCGAGAUAGUGAUAAACGGAUGUCUCCGCUUGGUGCCUCCUAUUCCAGCUACUUCUCAGGGGGAGGGAGGAGAACCCGCACAUUCCCUCACGGGAAGUCAGAAGGGAUCCGCUAUGGCUGAAAAAGAGUUCCUCAGUAUGCUUUGCGCACAGUUCGACAGACUCCCUAGAUGGUGCACGGCCCUUAUCAAAAUGGAUCUUUCGUUGCCUUCCGAUGCGGACAUGGACGAGGACGAUAGAUUCCCGGCGGUUCGUCAUUGGGUUGCUGGGCUGGUCCGGAUCACAGUGUCGAUGCUUACCCUCUGCAAGCUACUCCCGCCUGCUGAGAAAGCACUGCGACCGAGUGCGCUAAGCUUGGCCUUACACGCUCUCAUUCGGUCCUCUGCCAACGACUUCUCGGCAAAGGAGGUGCUGGUGGCGCUGACUUCUGGUGGUGUCCCCCUUUCCCGCCCUUCAGCACGAGAUGACGUAGACACAUUUUAUCCCCUCUUUUCAGCGUUUCACUCUGACCCCUCAUACUUCCACUCAGCAAUGAUGGAAUAUCAUGAUUUCCUUAUGGAACUCCAGUCCAGGAGUGAUACGAGCGCAUUUGCAUUGGUUAGAGUUAUCUUUCUUCGUUCUGCCGUAUCCUUCGUUCGCACACGCGCAGAAGGGUAUGGGAAUGAUGGUUUCUUUAUUUACGACGAAGAUUAUGCUCGGCUAAAAGACAUGCUGGAUCGUGCCGAGGCUGCCGCAGAACAGUUCGCUCAUGUCUCUACGAGGAAACCCAAUCUUGUGGCACUGCCUCCAAAAGCUCCUUUUGUUCGCACACUCAACGCACGAGGCUCAAAUGGCGGAGGUAAUCUAACCGUAACACAGACUAAUCGAAAGCCCAAACUUGAAGUUUAUGUUGAAAUCCCACUUCCCACCCCCCCGUGCCGAACUCGAAAGAGAAAUGACUCGUUGCCCUCCUCGCCUGGAUUCCAUCCAAAGCGGCGCCGUGCAGACAAUAUAGGUACAUGUGUUUCGCCUAAGAAAGCUCCUCGACAGUCAGGUAGAAACAAUCGACCGCACCGCAAAGAGGCCGCGAGAAGUCCAUUGCAGCUGAAGGACAUUUCUAGAUACAAGCAUCUUCAUCGUGCACAGCAUUCGCCCGGUUACCGAACACACAGCCAAAUAGCAACGCUGACUCCAAGAACAUUCACCAAGGGCAUUCCAGGACUUCCCUUUCCCCCUCCGGUCCUUACUUCCAUUUUGCUUUCACAUAUCCCAAACGCAUCACUCUCUCCCUCAUCUACCGAACCAGGGCCAGAACAGAGGAGCAAUUACUCCAGCCAUCCAACCCCAGGUCCUAGAUCAAAGAGAGGCCCCUCCAAGGUCCUCGCUCCGAAGUUAGCUUCGGGGCUGAAGAGGGAUGCGGCAUCGAAUCGUGUUUCGAAGAACGCAAAUGUUAAGUCCGGGAGUCAUAUCGAAACGCAGAGGCGACAAAGGCACCGCUCACGGCCUUUAACUCCAUCUCCAGAUUCUCGUGAGGCCCCCGAGCAAGGCAUCGUAAUUUCCUCACGAGGACCCAGGCCUGCUCAAGAAAGCAACCGCUCUUUCAGUCAACUUGACCCACAGGGUUCCCGUCGCAUAAGUCGGCACCCUGCAAGAAAGGGUGAUAAAUUUAUUGCGCCGCAUCCUUCCAGCGAACAUGACCCGCUCGAUCUCUUUCGCACUCAUGAAACUGCAUUCAAACCCAGAUCCCGGCAUCCUAUAUCGGCAGUUGGAAAUCGAAGGACACGCUCAAGUGGCAAUACCACUCGGACGUCGCUACGAGGCUAGGAUGAUGUACGCCGGCGCUGAGGAUGGCUGACCGUUAUGGCCGAGCCAAUGAACGAAUGGCCGCCAUGAGGUGCAUGUCGGCGUCCUUUGAGUGUGGUUGUUCAAGACACUAUCCGAAAAUGUAUAUGUAUCGACUGACAUUGGUGGUGUUGUGCUCCCGCAAGAUAAUUACUGGAACAAUCAAUGGUAUAGAUAGGAAUUACUAUGGACGCUCCUUCCCUUUGUAUUGUUAUGUAAUAACCGUUUCCUUGAACAAUCCCAUUGCCUGGCACCCCGAGCCAUCGUCACUC